AUGUUUACAAUAAGUCAAUUUCUUAUAGCCUUGGCUGUAUUUCUUCUAAUUAUGCAGUUUUUAAAGUUGCAACGAGUACGGAGACAACUUCCUCCUGGACCAAUCCCUCUCCCAAUUUUUGGGACAUUGAUACAGCUGAACUUUCAGUUUAAUCGUGAUCUCCUCAUGAAGCUGGCAAAAAUUCAUGGCAACAUAUUCACCUUAUGGUUUGGAUGGGCCCCAGUGAUCAUAUUGAAUGGAUUUCAAGCCGUUAAGGAUGGUAUGACCACACACCCUGAAGAUGUUUCUGGGAGGCUGGUGUCCCCUUUCUUCAGAGCAAUGGCCAAAGGAAAAGGGAUUAUGUUGGCAACUGGUCACACCUGGAAGCAGCAGAGAAGGUUUGCGCUGAGGACUCUGCGCAACCUUGGUCUGGGGAAAAGAGGUCUGGAACAUCAAGUUCAAGAAGAGGCCCACUACCUGGUAGACUUCUUUGCAAGUAUGAAAGGGAAACCCCUGGAUCCUUCUUUCCCUCUCGUUCAUUCCGUCUCAAAUGUAAUUUGUGCUGUUGUUUUUGGACAUCGCUUCUCUAGAGAGGAUGAAACGUUCCGUGAACUGAUUAGAGCCACAGAGUAUCUAUUCAAAUUUGCAGGCAGCUUUAUUCAUCAUCUGUAUGAAAUCUUCCCCUGGUUGAUGCGCCGUAUCCCUGGUCCUCAUAAGAAGGCGUUGUCUUGCUAUGAUGCCCUGAGCUCUUUUACAAGGAGAGAGAUCAGAAUGCACGUGGAGCGUGGGAUACCAGAAGAACUGCAGGAUUUCAUUGACUUUUACCUGGCUCACAUUGAAAAAUCCAAAGAUGUACCCAGGUCUACAUACAAUGAAGACAACAUGGUUUAUUCUAUAAAUGACCUUUUCUUGGGUGGAUCAGAGACAACAAGCACUACUUUGAACUGGGGCCUGCUCUACAUGGUGGCAAAUCCAGACAUCCAAGAGAAAGUGCAGAAGGAGCUGGAUGCUGUUUUGGGUCCUUCACAGUUAAUUUGCUAUGAGGAUCGGAGAGAACUGCCCUACACAAAUGCUGUUGUUCACGAGGUUCAGCGCUUCAGCAACAUUAUCUCAGUUGGCGUGCCCAGAGUGUGUGUGAGGAACACGACGUUGCUCGGCUUUCCCCUCAAAAAGGGCACCAUAGUUUUUCCAAAUAUUGCUUCGUCUUUGUAUGACCCGGAGCAGUGGGAAACACCUCGACAGUUCAACCCUGGUCACUUCUUGGAUAAGGAUGGAAACUUUGUGAGCCAAGAAGCUUUUUUACCAUUCUCAAUAGGGCACCGUGUGUGUUUGGGGGAGCAUCUAGCGAGGACUGAGCUCUUCAUUUUCUUUGCCAACCUGCUGCGCGCCUUCACCUUCCGGCUGCCUGAGGGUGUGACAAAAAUCAACACAGAGCCCAUUUUGGGGGGCACACUGCAGCCCCACCCAUACAGGGUUUGUGCCAUUCCGCGCUAG